AUGGGGACUGAGGAUGAAGCUACUGAUUAUGGAGAUGGGAAUUCUGUUGCUCCUGGAGCACCCACUCCACUUUCCACUCUUGAGGGUGUCAAUGGCCUUACUGUCAAAGAUAUCAAAUUGCUGAUAGACGGGGGGUAUCACACAGUUGAAGCUGUAGCAUACACACCGAAGAAAGUAUUAGAACAAAUUAAGGGAAUAUCAGAACAAAAAGCUGCAAGAGUGUUAGCGGAAGCAAUCAAAAUUGUGCCUAUGGGAUUUACAACAGCGACAGAGAUCCAUGCACGAAGAGCUGACUUAAUCUGCAUUACUACAGGAUCAAAGCAGCUUGACACUCUACUCGCCGGGGGGAUCGAGACUGGGUCAAUAACGGAAAUAUUUGGCGAGUUCAGGACAGGAAAGAGCCAACUUUGCCAUACCUUAGCCGUUACUUGUCAACUUCCCUUUGAUAUGGGGGGCGGAGAGGGAAAGUGUUUGUAUAUUGAUACCGAAGGCACGUUUCGACCAGUUCGUUUGUUGGCUGUAGCCCAACGUUAUGGUCUUGUCGGCGAGGAAGUUCUUGAUAAUGUCGCAUAUGCUCGCGCGUAUAAUUCCGACCACCAACUUCAAUUACUCAACCAAGCUUCACAGAUGAUGUGUGAGACCAGAUUCUCUCUCUUGAUAGUCGACUCGGCAACCUCUCUUUAUAGAACUGAUUUCAGCGGUCGAGGCGAACUUUCAUCACGCCAGAAUCAUCUAGCUCGGUUUAUGCGCACAUUACAACGCCUUGCCGAUGAAUUUGGGGUUGCUGUUGUUAUCACUAACCAAGUUGUUGCCCAAGUUGAUGGUGGUCCAAGUGCUAUGUUCAACCCAGACCCGAAAAAGCCCAUUGGAGGAAAUAUACUUGCGCAUGCUAGCACAACCCGAUUAAGCCUGAAGAAGGGCAGAGGAGAAACUAGAAUUUGCAAGAUUUAUGAUAGUCCAUGUUUGCCAGAGAGUGAUUGCUUGUUUGCAAUAAAUGAAGAUGGAAUUGGUGAUCCAACUCUUAAAGAUGUUGAAAAGGAUGCAUAA